AUGGCGACCGGUUUCCUCCACCACAUCGGUACAUUCCUCCUCUUCGCAUCUUCCAUCCUCCUCCUCAUAACCACCAUUUCCGCUCCCGUCAUCAAUGAUAUCGGAAUCAUGAAGGUUAAAUUGACAAACGGAACCGAUUCCCACCAUUCCGUGGUUUCAUUUGGUACUUUUGGAUAUUGUGUUUUGGAUGUUGAUUCAAAUGGAAACGACUACUGCACCAAAAAACACAUCGGCUACAACCCCGCCUCCAUCAUGUCUCAAAUCGAAUCUACCGAUUUCAGCACCGCCAGCGAAGACACCACCAAAGCCCUCACCCGCGUGAUGAUUCUCCACCCCGUCGCAUGCGGAGUCAUGUUUAUCGCAUUUCUCCUCGCACUCGGCGCCGGUCUCAUUGGUUCUUUCCUCGCGGCUCUCGUCUCUAGCAUCGCAUUCAUCAUUGCAUUGGUCGCCAUGGCGUGCGAUUUUGCACUCUUUGGAAUUAUCAAAAACCAUGUUAAUGGAGAUGGAAGUGGAAGUCAUGCGUACUUCAGCGUGGGUAUCUGGUGUAUAUUGGCGGCGAUGAUUGCGGGAUUUUUGGGCGCCGUCGUAGUCUUCGUUACGUGUUUGAGUAAGAGAAUGCAUAAGAAGAAGACGAGGAAUGCGAUUGGAGAGAAGGGGUAUGUCGGGGGUGUGAGACCGGCUAAGAGACACUUUUGGCAGAGACGUAGCAGAUACUAG